AUGUUCGGGAAACCAGACAAAAUGGACGUUCGGUGCCACUCGGACGCAGAGGCUGCCCGGGUCUCGAAGAACGCGCACAAGGAGAGCCGGGAGAGCAAGGGUGCGGAGGGGAACCUCCCUGCCGCCUUCCUCAAGGAGCCGCAGGGCGCCUUUUCCGCGUCGGGUGCCGCGGACGAUUGUAACAAAAGUAAAUCCAAUUCGGCCGCCGAUCCGGAUUAUUGCCGCCGGAUCCUGGUCCGAGAUGCCAAGGGUUCCAUCCGAGAGAUCAUCCUGCCCAAGGGCCUGGACCUGGACCGGCCCAAGAGGACGCGCACGUCCUUCACCGCUGAGCAGCUCUACCGGCUGGAGAUGGAGUUCCAGCGCUGUCAGUACGUGGUGGGCCGAGAGAGGACCGAGCUCGCCCGGCAGCUUAACCUCUCCGAGACCCAGGUACCAGGAAAUAGUGAAGAAAAUAAUGAACGAUUCAAACGCGGGUAG